GAAAACGAUAAAUACGUACAUAUAUAAUUAUCGAACUACUUUCUCAACAAUUGCACGCCUUUGGUCUGGAAAUUUUAUGUCUUAACCGUUUAUCAUGACGCUUGGUGAGAUACGAGGCAAGAACGAAGUGCAACCAACAAGUGAAGACUCUGCAAAAACAAUGAAUUUAAAUGAUGGAAUCUCCUUUGACAAAAUUAAUGGGAAUAUGAAACAGAACGAAACGACAAUAUCAUUUUUACGAGCUGCCCGCAGUGGUGACAUUAAAAAAGUGGUCGAUUUUAUAGAAAGUGGCCAAAUAUCGGACAUAAACAGUUGCAACGCGAAUGGUCUAAAUGCCCUUCACCUAGCGGCAAAGGACGGAUACGUUGAUAUAUGCUGUGAGUUACUAAGGAGAGGUAUCAAGGUGGAUAAUGCUACAAAAAAGGGGAACACAGCUUUGCACAUUGCAUCUUUAGCAGGACAACAAGAAGUUAUUAAUCAGCUUAUUUUAUGUAAUGCCAAUGUAAACGUGCAGUCUCUUAACGGUUUUACGCCACUCUACAUGGCAGCACAAGAAAAUCACGAUUACUGUUGUCGGCUCUUAUUGACAAAUGGAGCGAACCCGUCAUUAUCUACAGAAGAUGGCUUUACUCCACUUGCGGUAGCAAUGCAGCAGGGACACGACAAAAUAGUAAAUGUAUUACUUGAAAAUGAUGUACGUGGUAAGAUUCGUCUUCCAGCGCUUCAUAUUGCUGCCAAAAAGAACGACGUAAAUGCUGCCAAACUGUUACUUCAGCAUGAUCGGAAUGCCGACAUUGUUUCCAAGUCUGGCUUUACUCCAUUGCAUAUAGCAGCUCAUUAUGGAAACAUGGACAUUGCAACUUUACUUUUAAAUAACAAUGCAGAUGUUAAUUAUAAGGCCAAACAUAAUAUCUCCCCUCUACACGUUGCUUGUAAAUGGGGAAAAUUAUCAGUGUGUAGUUUGUUAAUAUCUCGAGGAGCAUAUAUAGAUGCGAUAACUCGUGAUGGCCUGACACCACUUCACUGUGCUUCUCGUUCUGGUCAUGUUGAGGUCAUCGAGCAAUUGUUGAUUCAAAACGCUCCCAUAUUAACAAAAACGAAGAAUGGCUUAUCUGCGCUCCACAUGGCUGCACAGGGAGAGCAUGAUGAAGCAGCUCGACUGUUAUUGGAUCACGAAAGUCCAGUAGAUGAGGUUACUGUCGAUUAUUUAACAGCUCUUCAUGUAGCUGCGCACUGUGGGCAUGUAAAAGUAGCUAAACUAUUACUAGAUUAUUACGCAAAUCCGAAUGCGCGUGCACUGAAUGGUUUCACUCCUCUUCAUAUUGCCUGUAAAAAAAAUCGUAUUAAAAUAGUUGAACUACUGAUAAAACACGGAGCUAAUAUUGGAGCAACCACAGAAUCAGGUCUCACUGCAUUACAUGUUGCUAGUUUUAUGGGGUGUAUGAAUAUUGUAAUAUACUUGCUACAACAUGACGCUAGCCCAGAUAUACCAACAAUACGCGGAGAAACACCACUUCAUUUGGCCGCUCGUGCUAAUCAGGAGGAUAUUGUUCGGAUUUUGCUUCGCAGUGCAAAUGUGGAUGCCAUAGCACGUGAAGGCCAAACGCCUCUACACGUAGCUUCGCGAUUGGGAAAUCUUAAUAUAAUUAUGUUACUAUUGCAGCAUGGAGCAGAGAUAGAUGCUAAAACUAAAGACAAUUAUUCGUCGCUACACAUUGCUACAAAGGAAGGGCAAGAAGAAGUAGUUCAAUUGUUAUUGGAAAACGGUGCUCAACUAGAUGCUGUAACCAAAAAGGGGUUUACUUCACUUCACCUGGCUAGCAAAUACGGCAAGCAGAAAAUAGCAGAAUUACUUCUAGAAAAGGGAGCUUCUGUUGAUUUUAAGGGGAAAAAUGAUGUGACCCCAUUACACGUAGCUACUCAUUACAAUCAUCAGUCAGUGGUAGAGACGCUUCUGGAAAAAGGCGCUUCGCCAAAGUUAUGUGCGCGGAAUGGUCAAAGUGCAAUUCACAUAGCUUCCAAAAAUAAUAAUUUGGAAAUUGUUCACAAAUUACUAGAACGCGGUGCAGAUGUUAACGAUAUAAGUAAGAGUGGCUUUUCUCCAUUACAUUUGGCUGCCCAAGAGGGACACGUUGAUAUGGUACAACUACUUAUAGAAUUUGGGGCUAAAAGCUUAUGUGCUAAGAACGGUCUGACUCCAUUACAUUUGGCUGCACAAGAGGGCCACGUUGAAAUAUCCCGUAUUUUGUUGGGACAUGGCGCAAAAAUUUCAGAGCGCACUAAAAAUGGUUAUUCUUCCCUUCAUAUUGCUGCACAUUAUGGCCACCUCGAUCUUGUAAAAUUUUUUCUGGAAAAUGAUGCAGACAUCGAGAUGUCUACCAAUAUCGGCUAUACACCACUUCAUCAAGCUGCUCAGCAAGGACAUAUUAUGAUUAUUAAUCUUUUAUUGCGCCACAAAGCGAAUCCUAAUGCUUUAGCAAAAAACGGUAACACUGCUCUACACAUUGCACGUAACCUAGGAUAUAUAACAGUAAUGGAAACUCUUAAGGUUGUCACGUCUACAUCUGUUGUUAACAGCUUUAGUGGUGUAAGCGAAGAAAAGUGCAAGGUAAUGUCUCCAGAGCUGAUGCAUGAAUCCCUAUUUUCCGAUUCCGAUGACGAAACUGGUGAUGAUUUUUUGGAUCAUGAUCAUUACAAAUACAUGGCAACUGAUGAUUUAAAAGCAAAUUACAGUCAGGAUCACCAAAACUUUGAUACUACAAUUCCUGAACAUCAUGAUACUGAUGUGUCGGCUCCGUUUAGCCUUGAGAAAGGAAUACUGAUCAAGGACGCGGAAUGCAAUAAAGUAUCUACAUUGGAGCUGAAAUCCACUGAUAUGGGAAAUGAUCGACCUCAGAUCCAAUUGGGGUUUUUAGUAUCGUUCCUGGUAGACGCACGUGGUGGAUCGAUGCGCGGAUAUCGGCACAGCGGCGUGCGAAUUAUAGUUCCUCCGAAGGCCUGCGCUGAACCCACACGUAUUACUUGCCGUUAUGUUAAACCUCAAAGGGUAGUUAACCCUCCUCCUUUAAUGGAAGGCGAAGCACUUGUAAGCCGUAUUUUGGAAAUGUCACCUGUUGAAGGGAAGUUUUUAAGUCCAAUAAUACUAGAAGUUCCGCAUUUUGGCGCCCUUAAAAAAAAUGAGCGCGAAAUUAUUAUAUUGCGUUCUGACAACGGAGAAAGUUGGCGCGAGCAUAACUUACAUGAGACUGAGGAAACUCAUAAAAACACAACUGGUAUCGAUUUUAAUCGAAUUGAAGAAUUACAUACAGAUCGCAUUGUUCGAAUUGUUACACAAAAUGUCCCGCACUUUCUUGCCGUUGUUUCGCGUCUUCGUCAAGAAGUGCACGCAAUCGGGCCAGAUGGUGGCACCGUCUUCUCUAUGACCGUACCACAGGUGCACGCUAUAUUUCCACCUCAUGCCUUGACCAAGAAAAUUCGAGUCGGUCUUCAGGCACAACCAGUAGAACUGGUUGGAUGUUCUAAGCUGCUCGGCCAAGGCGUUGGUGUCUCACCAAUAGUCACUGUUGAGCCACGACGCCGAAAAUUUCAUAAGGCAAUUACACUCAGUAUCCCUGUUCCAAAAGCUUCUACAAAAAGUAUGGUUAAUGCAUGCUAUGGAAAUGGAAAUUCAAAUUCACCUACUCUGAGAUUAUUGUGUUCCAUUACCGGUGGUCAAACGCGUGCAACAUGGGAGGAUGUUACUGGAUCAACCCCGCUGUCUUUCCAUAAAGAUAGUAUAACUUUUACCACAACUGUUUCUGCCCGUUUCUGGUUAAUGGAUUGCCGAAAUAUCGCAGACGCUGGACGAAUGGCUACGGAACUAUACAGUCAUUUGGCAAAAGUUCCUUUUUUUGUGAAGUUCGUAGUAUUUGCAAAGCGCAUUUCUGAAGCGGAAGCGAAAUUUUCGGUGUUUUGCAUGACUGACGAUAAAGAGGAUAAGACUCUUGAACAACAAGAAUACUUCACAGAAGUUGCAAAAAGUAAGGAUAUCGAAGUAUUGCAAGAUCAAACAAUUUAUCUAGAGUUUUCUGGUAACAUUGUCCCCGUCUUAAAGACAGGCGAGCAACUUUAUACAAAGUUUCAGGCAUUUUGCGAAAAUCGGCUUUCAUUUGUUGCUCAUAUUAAGGACCCAGAGUUUCCACAUGGUCGCAUCUGUUUUAUGCCCGAUAAAAAAGUCGGUCUGAAUGAACUACCAUUGAAUCCUCUUUGUACUUUAAAUGUGUCGGUAGAUAUGGUAACUAUCAAAAAGCAUCUUGCAAACAAUCAAUUUUUUCACUUAAACCGUGACAUUAAUAUGCGUGGCAAAUUGAAUCAAAAUGAUGUUAUUAAUUCAGAAAUAGAAGCCGAUUCACCGACUACUAGACAAAUUAAUAAAAAGUCAAACGACAUUGAGUUGAUAGAAAACCAAACAAUAACACUAAUUGAUAUAUGUAGCCAUAUAGGAGGUGACUGGCCACAGCUUGCAAAACAAUUGGGUGUUCCCGAGUCCGAUAUCGAGCUGGUCAAAGCAGAGUACUUUAGUGACGACAGCGUACGUCAGAGCAUGGUAAUGUUACAGCUAUGGCUAGAACAUGGAGGAAUUUUCACAGAGAUUGAAAUAGUUGAAGCUCUUUGCAAAAUUGGCCGUGGGGACGUAGUGGAAAAGUGUCGUCAUAAUGCAGAGACCGUCAAUAAUAAAAUGGAAGGUCUGGAUAACGCAAAAAUUAAGAAAAGUAGGGAGUAUGAAGGGCCAAGUACGAACACCACAAAGCGUAACUCAAAUACCAUUAACACUGAAAACGAAAAAUUACGUGAUACACCUCAAGCAUCACAAAAAGAAGAUCUUGAAUUGCAUGAAAAAGGAUCAACUUCUUAGGAUAGAAGGAUAAUUGAUAUCAAAUAAUAAAUAAUAUUAAAAAAUGCCCACAGAGUCAAUUAUUUGCAAUAAAAAAAAUAUGUUAAUCUUUUAAAAUUCAUUUUAACCAUUAUUUAUUUAAAGAAGAUCUUGAAUUGCAUGAAAGAGGAUCAACUUUUUAGGACAGAAGGAUAACUGAUGUCAAAUAAUAAAUAACAAAUAAAAAAAUUACCCAC